AAAUAUAUUACUAUAUAUUUUAAGUACCAAUUUCGAAUCAAUUUCAAGCGCUAGGGUUUUCUUUUCACUUUCCCUUUCCUUCCGCAUCCAUACAAAUUUCUCGAUUCCAUCUUCUCAAUUCUCCUCCUACAACGCACGCUCAGAUCGUCUCAAGGUUCUAAUUUUCUGGAACGUAUGGACAUUUUGAUUUGAGGAAGUACUAUGCAUCUAGUAAUCUGAAUAUAGAUGUGCUGGGAGGAAUGGUAUUUUUUCUCAUACGAAGUUGUAGAGGGUGCAUUCUGUGCAGGAGAAGAAUCAAAGUGAGGCUCUUCUGUUUAAGGGGCUAAUAUGCCAUCUUAUAUGUCAAAACUACGAGCGCCGGUUAAAUUUCUAGGGUGGGAAGGUGGAUUGAAAAGUUCGUUGGAGUUGCUUUUGGGGCAUCAGAAACUGUUGUGUGGCAAUUCUAGUCUUUUUCACUCCGUUCCGUGUUCCUCACUUACAGAGUUGCAUGCUCUCUUGAGACCUGGCGCUAUUUCCGGUGCUAGUUCAGAGCUAGUUAAUCGCCGGAGGAAUAUCUCAGUUCUUGGGGCAAUUUCUCGCACAUUUUCUAUUCCCUCCGUGUCAGGCCCUGCAUUGCAGACUUGUGGGUAUCAUAUUGAUUGUGCCAUUGCUCAAUCCUAUCAAUAUUCAACUCACAGCAAGUGUCAAGAUAAACCAAUGGCCGCUUGUGGUUCUAGAGCUACCCUUGGUGAAUGUUCUCUUGAUAAAUUAAGUUUUAGGAAUGCUGCAUACUUGUCUCCUUCAGCGAUCACUGCUGGUAUUUCUUUUAAUAGAAGUGUUGAUAGCUGUAGGAAAGCCAGCAUGAGUUUGAAAAAUCAGGAGCAGCCUAACAAUAAUGGGAUAUAUGGAUACGUCACUUACAAUGUUGCAAAAAGGUUUUGCAGCAGUUACCUAAAUACUGUACCAGGAGUAAAAGAUCUUCAUAGUUCAUCAACUUCUCAGUUUGCUGCUGGUUCUGCCCCCAAUGUGUCAUUUGAUAACUCUGCACGGGAGGAACAACUUGCGAACUCUACUGAUUCAUCUGAACAGAAAAUCUCAAUGGGCAAAUCAUUGAAACUGGUUUCUGGGUCAUGCUAUCUACCCCAUCCUGAUAAAGAAGAUACUGGUGGAGAAGAUGCUCAUUUUAUCUGUGUUGAUGAACAAGCUGUAGGGGUGGCUGAUGGUGUGGGUGGGUGGGCAGAUCUUGGUGUUGAUGCUGGACAGUAUUCCCGAGAACUCAUGUCUAAUUCGGUUAGUGCAGUUCAAGAAGAGCCCAAGGGCUCAAUUGAUCCAGCUAGAGUCUUGGAGAAGGCCCACUCAAAAACAAAAGCCAAAGGUUCAUCCACUGCUUGUAUCAUAGCGCUUACAGAACAAGGCCUCCAUGCAAUCAAUUUAGGAGACAGUGGAUUUAUGGUGGUUAGAGACGGAUGCACUAUCUUCAGAUCUCCUGUGCAGCAGCAUGAUUUUAACUUCACGUUUCAAUUGGAGAGUGGAAACAAUGGAGAUUUGCCUAGCUCUGGACAGGUUUUCUCAGUCCCUGUUGCUCCUGGGGAUGUCAUAAUUGCUGGCACCGAUGGACUCUUUGACAACUUGUACAACAAUGAGAUCACUGCAGUGGUGGUUCAUGCCAUGAGAGCGGGCUUAGGCGCUCAGGUGACUGCCCAGAAGAUAGCUGCCCUUGCACGCCAACGAGCUCAAGAUAAAGACCGACAAACACCUUUUUCCACUGCUGCUCAAGAUGCUGGGUUUCGCUAUUACGGUGGCAAGCUUGAUGACAUCACCGUGGUUGUGUCGUAUGUCACAAGCUCCAACGAUAAGUGAGUGCAAUGAAUUGUCUUUCUCAUAUACUUUGCAUCUGCAGGCUUCUGUAUAUAAUCUUUGCAACAUAACCAUUAAGAAUGGUUAUUGUAUUUAAGGCAUUUCAUUGAACCAUCUCAUCAACUCUUUACAUGUUGAAGAGUGGAUGACCUCUUUUGUAAGUGAAAAAUCAUAGGCGUGAGCCAUCCUCUAGUUUGAGCAGUUGUUUUGUUUCUAUUUCUUCUACUUCCAUCUGAAGCCGUUUGUGCUCGUCUGAUACAUAAUUGAACAAGACCAAAGUUAAAAGGGUUUAUUUGGUUGUUUUUAAC